AUGGUUGUAAUGUCUGAGAAACACGCUCAGGGGGUUCCUCUGCAGGCUACAGAUACCACUUUUUCUGCUUCAUGUAAAAGAUUGGAAGGCAAAAUUGCUAUUGUAACUGGGGGUGCUAGAGGCAUUGGGGAAGCAACUGUGAGAGUUUUUGUCAAGCAUGGUGCAAAGGUGGUGAUUGCUGAUGUUGAGGAUGAAGCUGGAACCAUGCUUGCUGAGACACUAUCUCCUUCAGCUACCUAUGUCCACUGUGAUGUUAGCAUGGAAAAUGAGGUUGAGAAUUUGGUUAGUUCCACAGUUUCUCACUAUGGACAACUUGACAUAAUUUUCAACAAUGCUGGGGUGCUUGGAAACCAGUCCAAGAACAAGAGCAUUGUCAAUUUUGAUCCUGAUGAAUUUGACCGAGUCAUGAGUGUGAAUGUGAAAGGAAUGGCUUUGGGGAUCAAGCAUGCAGCGAGGGUAAUGAUUCCUAGAGGAGUUGGGUGCAUUAUAUCUACAUCUAGUGUAGCUGGAGUCAUGGGAGGGCUUGGACCACAUGCUUAUACAGCUUCAAAGCAUGCCAUAGUUGGACUUACAAAGAACACAGCUUGUGAGUUAGGAAGGUAUGGGAUUAGGGUCAAUUGCAUUUCUCCAUUUGGGGUGGCUACAUCCAUGCUUGUGAAUGCAUGGAGAACAAGUGAUGAAGAAGAAGUUGAUGAUAACAUCAAUUUUGGGUGUCCUUUCCCAGAGGAUGUAGAGAAAAUGGAGGAAUAUGUUAGAGGGCUUGCAAACUUAAGAGGAACAAAUUUAAGGCCUAAAGACAUUGCUGAGGCUGCACUUUAUCUUGCUAGUGAUGAAUCCAAGUAUGUUAGUGGUCAUAAUCUUGUCGUGGAUGGUGGAAUCACUUCCUCAAGAAAUUGUAUUGGACUGUAA